AUGGCGUCAAAGUUUGACAUGAGCGACCUUGGCAAGCUGAGUUACUAUCUCGGUAUUAAAGUAUGUCAAGAUGAAGGGAUCAUAACCUUAAAUCAACAACGAUAUGCUUUGAAAAUCUUGGAGGAGAGUGGAAUGAAGAACUGCAAUAUGUCACAUACACCAAUGGAGAACGGUUUGAAGUUGGCCAAGUCGAUUGAAGAGGAAGAUGUAGAUGCGACGAGGUAUCACAAGAACGUGGGUUGUCUACGGUAUCUCCUACACACUAGGCCGGAUAUGUCGUAUACGGUGGGAUUUUUGAGCCGAUACAUGCAGAGUUCAAAGGUGUCUCAUGAGGCUGCAAUGAAGCAUUGUCUCAGAUACCUACAAGGAUCGACCAUCACUUGGACUCGUCUUUACUCGAACAACACCCAAAGUUCCAAAUCUGAUUGGCUAUAG